AUGGUGCUUUCUCAGAGACAAAAAGAGGAACUGAAUAAAGCUGUAGCUGAUUACUUGAGUUCAAAUGGAUAUUCUAACACACUUGCUGAAUUUCAGAAAGAAGCACAGCUGGUUAGUUCAGGUGACGUUGAGAAUAAGUUUGCUGGAUUAUUAGAAAAAAAAUGGACAUCUGUUAUACGACUCCAAAAAAAAGUUGUGGACCUUGAGGCUCGACUGGCUGAGACUGAAAAAGAAAUUCAAGUUGGCGUUCCAGGUCGGGAUCGCCAGAACCCUUCGGACUGGAUCCCUCGACCUCCUGAAAAGUAUUCACUAACUGGGCACCGAGGCUCCGUAACUCGUGUGGUCUUCCAUCCCGUAUUUAAUAUCAUUGUCUCUGCUAGCGAAGAUGCCACCAUUAAGGUUUGGGACUAUGAGACAGGUGAUUAUGAAAGAACUUUGAAAGGUCACACAGACUCUGUACAGGAUCUAGCAUUUGAUCACAGCGGAAAGUGGCUGGUUUCUUGCUCUGCCGAUAUGACCAUCAAACUGUGGGAUUUUCAAGGCUAUGAGUGCAUCAAAACGAUGAGAGGACAUGACCACAAUGUUUCAAGUGCAACAUUCACACCAAAUGGCGACUUCAUUGUGUCAUCUUCCAGGGACAAGUCUAUAAAAAUAUGGGAGGUAGCUACAGGAUAUUGUAUAAAGACGUUGACUGGCCAUAGAGAGUGGGUACGUAUGAUUCGUGUCAGUCCGGAUGGUACAAUGCUGGCAAGCUGUUCAAACGACCAGUCAGUUCGUAUCUGGGUCAUCUCGACUGGAGACGUGAAGGCCGAGAUGAGAGAGCAUGACCACGUUGUCGAAUGCAUUGCCUGGGCACCUGAUAACUCCUUCCCAUUCAUAUGUGAAGCUGCUAAUAUUGAUAUCAAGAAGAUCCAGAAACCAGGACCGUAUGUUAUAUCUGGAUCAAGGGAUAAGACCAUCAAAAUAUGGGACAUCAGCUGUGAAAUGUGUCUCUUCACUCUGGCUGGCCACGAUAACUGGGUGAGGGGGCUGUUGUUCCACCCCUCUGGCAAGUACAUCAUCAGCGUCGGUGAUGACAAGACUCUGAGAGUCUGGGACAUAAAGAACAGACGCAACAACAAGACUCUAGAUGCACAUCAACAUUUUGUCACCUCUCUUGAUUUUCAUCGCUCGACCCCGUACGUCAUCACGGGCAGUGUAGAUCAAACUGUUAAAGUCUGGCAAUGUCGCUAA